UGCAAUGGAAACCCAAUAAGCCCACUAGGUUCAGCCGGAGCAAAGGAAUUUGAGAACUUCAUUUGCAGUCGGCUCUUGCAUUUUUUCACAACCAUUUUACCCCAAUCGGCUUCGGCCCACCAAGCCCUUCUAUCUCCUCUUUACCCUUCGUCAGAACUCAGAACUUGCCAACUUGGUAAUCCACCUCGCUUAACUCACUCAGUCAUCCCGAGCGAACUCGGGGCCAUGAAGUGCCGAUCCGUGGCGUGUAUAUGGUCAGGCACACCUCCGGUUCACCGAGUCACCGCCACUGCCGCCCUCAACCACCCUCCCACUCUCUACACCGGCGGAUCCGAUGGGUCCAUCCUCUGGUGGAACCUCUCCAAUUCCGACUCUCACUCGGAAAUUAAACCGAUUGCUAUGUUGUGUGGUCAUGCUGCACCCAUAGCUGAUCUCGGCAUUUGUUGUCCCAUUGUAGUAUCAGGAGAACAAAAUACAGAUUAUUCAAGUAAUGUUGCUUUAUACUCUAGCUUUGAUCAUGAUGGUGCCUUAAUAAGUGCUUGCACUGACAGUAUGUUGUGCGUCUGGAGCAGAAGUAGUGGCCACUGCAGGCGUAGAAGAAAGCUGCCUCCGUGGGUGGGCACCCCAUCCAUUAUUCGUACGUUGCCCUGGAAUCCAAGAUAUGCUUGUGUGGGCUGUUGUUUUCUUGAUGCUGGCCAUUUAUCUGACCAUCAUUUGAUAGAAUCUGCUGAAGGGGGUGAAAUUUCAAUGGAUAAAGAAUCUCAGAACAGGAAGCCUUCCAAGUGUACUGUUGUUAUUGUUGAUACAUAUACUCUUACCAUUAUACAAACUGUUUUUCAUGGGAAUCUGUCCAAUGGGCCUUUGAAGUUUAUGAAUGUUUUUUCUUCAUUUGAUGAUGGAGAAAAACAUUUUUCACUUAUGGCCGACUCCCUUGGUAGGCUACAUUUGGUGCCUUUAUCAGAGGACUCUCAUCAAGGCGGUGAGCAAGAGAGUGGGUCACAAAGAAAUUCUUUUCCGCAGGAAAUUGAGACAUGCGAAGAUGGCCUAGUUGAGGCUGGACAAGUUGUGUCAAUUGCAACAUGUAGGAAUAUUGUUGCUACUGUGUUGAAAGAUCGCUCUAUAUUUAGGCAGUUGGGGAAUGCUAUUAAAAUAGGAGUGAUUUUUUUCAUGAACAAUGUCCUUUGCAUUGAAGGCGAUUUGGGUCCAUCACAUGUUGUAGGGGCCAUGUUUCUUGAAAGUAACAAUUCUGAGAAUGCACAAAGUACUGGUGAAGCCUAUGAAUAUGAAAACUUUUUAGUGUGGAGUAAUAAAGGAUCUGCAGUUGUGUACACAAUAUCUUAUUUAAAUAACACAUUUAAUUCUCAGCCUCUUUGUGAAAUCCCUGCUGCUUCUUAUCCCCUUGAUGCAAGGAUGUCAUUUUCUUUUGUCCAUUUGAGCCAAAUUCUUCUUCGCAUUGAAUCUGUUUGCUGCGUUGUUGAAGACCCAUUCCAGUGGAGACCACGUGUUACAAUCUGGUCACUUCAUCAGAAACAUGAUGAUCAUGGCAACCUCUGCCAAGAAUGCACAAUGCUUGGAGACAGUAUUUCUUCUCUUGGCUGGAUUUCAGGUGCUAGUUUGGAUCACAAAAAUGAGACUCUGGGUGGAUGCAAGACCAAAUUAACAUCUAUUGAAAGCUCUGUUUCCUGCUCAGAAACUGUGAAUAGCAUACGUGCAGAUGAUAGUUGUUAUUAUUCUGUCCCUAAGGGACGGACUGUAUCUUCCUCCAUGGUUAUUUCUGAAAAUCUUUAUGCUCCUUCAGCGAUUGUAUAUGGCUUCUUUAGUGGUGAAAUUGAAGUUGUGUGGUUUAGUUUGUUUCGGGGGCUUGAUUCUCCUACUGUAAGUUCAUGCCUUGAGGUAGACUCGCAUAUAUCCAGACAAAGCUUUUCCGGGCACAUGGGUGCUAUACUAUGUCUGGCAGCACAUCGGAUGGUAGGUGCUGCCAAAGGAUGGAGUUUUAGUCAGGUUUUAGUUUCUGGAAGCAUGGAUUGCACGAUUCGUAUAUGGGAUCUUGAUUCUGGUAAUCUCAUUACAGUGAUGCACCAACAUGUAGGUCCAGUGCGCCAAAUCAUUCUCCCCCCUGCUCGGACUGAACGCCCUUGGAGUGAUUGCUUUCUCUCUGUUGGAGAGGACUCUUGUGUUGCUCUUACUUCUCUUGAAACUUUAAGAGUGGAGAGAAUGUUUCCUGGACAUCCUAACUAUCCUGCAAAAGUUGUUUGGGAUGGUGCAAGAGGUUAUAUUGCAUGUCUCUGCCGGGACCAUUCCAGAAUUUCUGAUGCCACUGAUGUUCUAUACAUAUGGGAUGUGAAGACCGGUGCUAGAGAGCGGGUCCUUCGUGGGACUGCUUCUCAUUCAAUGUUUGAUCAUUUCUGCAAAGAAAUUAGUAUGACUUCCAUUUCUGGUUCUUUGCUGAGUGGAAAUACCUCAGUUUCCUCAUUACUUCUUCCAAUACAUGAAGAUGGGAACUUAUCUCAAUACAAUUUAAAUAAUUCUGAAAGUGGGGCCAGUUUGUCUAAAAUGACUGGGCCUAGUACAUCACAGGCAAAUAGUAGUAAAGUGAAUCAUGGAAAGGCAAUCCCAAUCACUCCAUUUGUUUUUCAAACCAGAAAGCAACCCUUCAAAUGCUUUUGCCCAUAUCCUGGAAUUGCCACCCUGAGCUUUGAUCUUGCAGCAUUGAUAAAUCCUUAUCAGAAGCAUGAGUCUGUAGCAAAGGAUGGUAAUAAGCAAGAGAAUGGCUAUACAAAGGAGCAGGGAAGUGAGACAUUAAGUCCCCAUCAAAUGAAUUCUGAUGAUGGCUUUGUUACUGAUCAGAGUUCAACCGAUACCGUAGAACAGCAUGACUGGGUCAAGUCACUUGAAGAAUAUCUAGUUCGAUUUAGCUUGUCCUUUUUGCAUUUAUGGGAUGUGGAUUGUGGGCUUGAUGAGUUAUUAAUAACUGAGAUGAAGCUGAAGAGACCAAAUGAGUUUAUAGUAUCUACUGGUUUGCAAGGUGAUAAAGGGUCUUUGACACUGACAUUUCCUGGGUUUACUGCAAGUCUUGAGCUUUGGAAAUCUUCGUCAGAAUUUUGUGCAAUUAGGUCACUAACAAUGGUUUCACUUGCCCAACACAUGAUUAGCUUGUCUCACUCAAGUUCAGGUGCCAGCAGUGCCUUAGCAGCAUUCUAUACUAGGAAUUUCGCUGACAAAUUUCCUGAUAUAAAGCCGCCUUCACUCCAGCUUUUGGUGAGUUUUUGGCAAGAUGAAAGUGAACAUGUACGUAUGGCAGCACGGUCUUUAUUUCAUUGUGCUGCUUCACGAGCUAUUCCAUCCCCUCUGUGUGGUCAACAAGCAACUCAGCAUGCAAAACAUGUGAGGUCACUGACUGGAAUUGAAGAAAUUGAACAUGAAGUUUCAAGAAAUGGAGGAACACCCAUGGUUGGAUUGAGUUCUGAAUGUUUGUUGGAAACACAAGGAACUUCUCAGGUUGAGGAAGCUAAACUGCUUGCAUGGCUAGAAUCUUAUGAAAUGCAAGAUUGGAUUUCUUGUGUUGGGGGAACAAGUCAAGAUGCAAUGACAUCUCACAUCAUUGUUGCUGCAGCAUUGGUAAUAUGGUACCCUAGCCUUGUGAAGCCAAGUCUUGCCACAUUAGUUGUUCAACCACUGGUGAAGUUGGUAAUGGCAAUGAAUGAAAAAUAUAGCUCCACUGCAGCAGAGCUCCUUGCAGAAGGCAUGGAGAGUACAUGGAAGGCAUGCAUUGGCUCUGAAAUACCUCGUUUGAUUGGUGACAUAUUCUUUCAGAUUGAGUGUGUAAGUGGCCCAUCAGCCAACUUGGCUGGUGAAAAUCCAGCUGUAUCAGUAUCCAUCCGCGAGACCUUAGUUGGGACUCUUCUUCCAAGUCUAGCAAUGGCUGAUAUUCUGGGGUUUUUAACUGUAAUAGAAAGCCAAAUCUGGUCUACUGCAUCCGAUUCACCUGUCCACCUGGUAUCACUCACAACUCUCAUCAGGGUUGUGCGUGGUUCUCCAAGAAACUUGGUUCAAUACCUUGAUAAGGUGGUUAAGUUCAUCCUACAAACUAUGGACCCUGGCAACUCAGUCAUGCGCAAAACUUGCCUUCAAUGUUCAAUGACAGCAUUAAGGGAAGUUAUACGUGUAUUUCCAAUGGUAGCCAUGAAUGAAAGCUCAACCAAAUUGGCUUUUGGUGACCCUAUUGGGGAGAUUAACAGUGCUACUAUUCGGGUAUAUGACAUGCAAAGUGUGACAAAAAUCAAAGUUUUGGAUGCAAGUGGACCUCCUGGACUUCCAAGUUUGCUUUUGGGAGGCCCAGAAACGUCAGUGACUACUGUGAUAUCAGCUCUGAGCUUUUCCUCAGAUGGAGAGGGGUUGGUAGCUUUCUCUGAACAUGGGUUGAUGAUCAGAUGGUGGUCUUUGGGAUCCGUCUGGUGGGAGAGACUGAGCCGGAAUCUUGUACCUGUCCAGUGCACCAAAGUGAUAUUUGUUCCUCCAGGAGAGGGAUUCUCACCUAACACUUCAAGAUCUAGCAUAAUGGGAAGCAUAUUGGGACAUGAUAGAGAGGCCAAUGCACAGGAGACUGUUAGGAGUUAUACAGACAAAUUAAAACUCUUGAGUCAUAACCUUGACCUUUCUUACCGGCUCGAAUGGAUUGGCCAACGUAAAGUACUGCUUACAAGACAUGGCCUUGAGAUAGCCAGUUUCCCAUUAUAGUCAGGCAACUGCAAGAAAUAUCUUCCUUGAAAACCUGAGCAGUCCUGCAUUGGAUACAUUCUAUGUUGUCUGGUAGAUGAGGUCGGACCAUGUAUAUUCAGGUAGCCCUUGAAUGCGUUAUUAUAUUUUAGGUUAAUACAAUCAAUUUUGGUGAGGAGAUCAUGUAUGUAUUGUUGAUAACAUAUAGACUGCUGAAUUAAUAAGAAGUCAUAUAUGUGUUCAUUGUGUUCAA